AUGGGUUAUCACAGUGAGAAAGAAUGGUACUUUUUCUCUCAGGGGGAUCGAAAAUACUCGAACAGUUCCCGGCCUAACCGGGUUGCCGGAAGUGGUUACUGGAAGGCUACCGGAGCUGAUAAACCAACUGGGAAAGUGAAACCAAUGGGGAUACAAAAAGCACUGGUUUUCUAUGCCGGUAAAGCCCCCAAAGGAGUGAAAACUAAUUGGAUUAUGCAUGAAUAUCGUCUUGCCAACGUUGAUAGGCCCGCCAGUAAGAAAAAUAAUUUAAGGCUUGAUGAUUAGGUAUUAUGUAGAAUUUACAACAAGAAAGGAAAGAUUGAGAAAUUCAACACGAGUCUGGGAACUCUUGUCCAUCAAGAAAAUGCUGAACUCCAUAAAAAAAUGGACUUCAUUCAGAAAGAAAAUGCAGAGCUACAGAAGAAGGUUUAUGAAGCAAGGAGUACAAAUGAAGAAAAUGUGGCAUCGAAUCUUUCAUGCACUAUCAAUAGAUAUGAUUUACAUGCGCCGAUCAGUCUUCAGCUAAGGCAACCACGGACUCAAUACAGUGAACCCGCAACCAUGAAAUUAUGGUAUUCCCUCGAACUAAUAAUAUAUCGCAUAUAG